UUUACAUUUCGCUGUUACUACAGUAGCUGCAGGAUGGAAAGCUUAGCUGCUCUUCUUUAAAAGAACACCAUGGGUAAUACAGAGUGUGUGGUGGCGCAGAAGCGGCUGGCCCGCUUCCGUCCCGAGGAGCGGUCCGCGGUUGAGGGGGUCUUCGACAGGCUCCAGGGCGGUGCUGGGGGCCCUUCAGGAGCCUCAGGGAAAACAUCGGCAGGGAAGACUCUAACACUUGAGAUGCUGCAGUCCUCGAUGGGCAGCCUGGCACCAGACUCCAUGGUGAGGAGGGUCUACCAGUGCAUGUGUGGUAUCGACCCUGGACUGGCGGCGCCCGCGGCCUCUGUGAAGUCCAGCACCUCCACUUCCACUUCCACCUCUGGAGUAGGUCGAGAGCAAUUGGUCAUCUUCCUAGCGGACACCCUGCGAGGUACUGCGGAAGAACGGGCUCCUCUAGUCCUGGCCAUGUCUCAGCAUGGAGGGGGUCCAGCAGCGGUUGUCACAUGUGAGCAGGUAGCAGAGUUCCUUAAGGACCUGAUUUCGGCUGUAGUUCAGAUUCUGGUCCACAGAGGGCGUCUGCAGGGCUGGAAGCCAGAGAGAAUGGGUGAUGGCUCCCUGGGUGUUAAACUCCUGGCUGAGCAGAUGUGUUCUGAACUCAAACCCUCAGAUCAGGGAGGUUGUGAUGUUUCCUGUCUGGAGGACUGGGUCUUUAGGGUGUCCCAGGUAUCUUUGUACCUGGAGAUGCUGGUAGCUGAGGGCCUAAACUUGUCCCUGAGCGGCCGGCCGGCCCCCACCCUGCUACCCCCCUGCAGGGAGGCGCCCUGGAAAGAGCUGAUGUGUCUGCUGGAUCUUCCCACUCUCAUGUUUCUGGCACCGCAGUUGCCAGACAGCUAUAGCGCCCCCUGGAGACUCAUGUUUUCCACGCGGCUGCAUGGGGAGAGCUUCACCAGGAUGGUGGCUGGACUAAUGAAGCGUGGGCCCACCCUGCUGCUUAUCAGAGACACAAAGGGACAUGUUUUUGGGGGCUUCGCCUCCCAUGCCUGGGAGGUCAAACCCCAGUUCCAGGGUGACUCCAGAUGCUUCCUGUUCACUGUGUUCCCCAGACUGAGAGUUUAUACAGCAACAGGAUACAACCAACACUUCAUGUACCUCAACCAGAAUCAGCAGACCAUGCCCAACGGACUGGGCAUGGGUGGUCAGCACGGCUACUUUGGUCUGUGGCUGGACAGUGAAUUUGGCCAUGGUCACAGCCGUGCGCGGCCCAAGUGCACCACCUACGGUAGUCCUCAGCUCUCUGGAGAGGAAGACUUCACCCUGGACUCAAUGGAAGUGUGGGUGGUCGGAAAACCCCCAGAACCAGAGGAGGGUGAGGAGGGGGAGGGCAAGAGGAGCGUCCUGGAUGUAGAUCCAGAGGUCCAGGCGAUGAUGGAGAUGGCAGGGAAGACUCUGCACAGUCAGGGCCUCAGGGAGCCAGAGGAGGACCAGGAGCAGUGAGGGGCAACAACGGACAUACAAAACGCUAUUACCUUAUUGAGGCUCCCGGUCUGCGGGGUACUGACACAAGCUGGGAUUUUAUCAUCUGACAUAGCUGAGUGACUUUCAGACAUGUCUCUAAUACAAAGUGAUAUCAGGUUUCUCUUAAUGACACACAACAAUACAGCCAUGCUCAUGUCUACACAGAUCAGAUCGUAAAGAUGGUGCUGGCUAUGGAAGACACAACAUAAACCAGACUAACAAAGCCUAAACUAGGUCUAAAGGCAGCUCAUAAGUGCUCUUUACAGUCUGAUUGGACCCUUUCUCUCACACCCACACACACACAUACAAAGUGAUAAAUGUUUCAUGGGUGUGUUCACACUUUAAAUCAAGCGGCACUGGUGAUAGGAGAAAACUUUUUUUUUAAUGAUUUUUCAAGAAAUAACACACAGGGAAAUCAGCCUCUUUGUCAGUCGGUAGCCUCAGUCAACCAGAAUGCAAUGCAUCCAAAUCAUCACUAUUGAAAUCACUCACUGAAUUAUUAGGUUGAGGAAAGGGAGCACAACAGAACAGUAAGCUACACCAUUAAUAGUUAUGUAUAACAGUAAAAUAAAACACAGAAUUAUCCUGAAGGUCCUCUUAAACUCAUUUCAGAAAAGUAUAACUGUGAAUUGCUGUGUGACAAGUUAUUUUAUUGCUACAGUAUUGAUAAACCCUCAGGUUUAGGGCACAUAAUCUGACAUGAGCCUGUUUCCGUCUCUGUAGCUGCUUCAGCGUCUGAGCCAUCACAUUUAUGUGUGAUCCUUCGUAAGUGGUUUACCAUUCAGGGAAUUUCUCGAAUACAAGAGGAUACAAGAGGAAAAAACGUCUUGAGUCCGAGACCGAGACUGGACUUGAGUACUACAGCACUGCAUUCUAAUACUGUUUGGUUCAAGUUCCAUUGAAGCCUAUGGGAGAUGCACAGAGAAGCACACUAAAACAUAUCUACAUCAUAUGACCUUUGAUGCGUUUGAAGAAAUGCCUCUACUAAGAAGAACACAUUUCUGCAUUUGUUUAUUCACCCUGGUUAGCUGGUUAUCGGUAUACUUCACUAGGUAUUUGCAUGGCGAGUCAAAUUAAAGAUACAACAGAUACAACAGCCAUGUUGAACCACAAUGUUUCUACUGUAGCCCAAAAGGGACAAAUUAAAUACAGAUCACCGUU